AUGAAGAAACUUCAAAUAAUAAUAGCGUUGAUCGGAUGCCUUCAUUCUGAAUUCUCGCAAAGUCAAAAUGUUGGUUCCACUACUAAAGAAGAAAAUAAUCGCAUCAUUGGUGGAAUGCCAGUGGAUAUAAAAAGAUUUCCUUGGCAGGUAUCAGUUCAAUAUGAUGAUCGUCAUUUUUGUGGUGGUUCUAUCAUCGAUAAAAGCUGGAUACUAACUGCAGCGCAUUGUAUGGACAUAUUUGAAAAUAUCGAACUUGGCGACCACCUUAAAAUUCAUUAUGGAAAUAACGACUGGCAACUUGGCUUCGUUAAUAUUGUAGAAAAGGCUAUUAUUCAUCCAAAUUACAACCAAGUGACAGUUGAUAGUGAUGUGGCCCUUCUGAAGCUGCACUCUCCAAUUACCUUCACAAAUGGCGUUCAGAAAGUAUCGUUGGUCGAAAAAGGUCAAGAUCCUGCACCUUAUUCACUUGCGAUUAUUACUGGAUGGGGUGCUUCAACGGAAGGUGAUAUUAGUAGUUCGCAAACUUUACAAGGAGGUGUAGUUCCAAUCGUAAAUAGAAAUGAAUGCAGAGUUAUGAACUCUGAAUCGUAUGCUGGGGUAAAUCAAAAUAUGAUCUGUGCUGGAUACAUUAAGGGAGGAAUCGAUUCGAGCUUCGGUGAUAGUGGUGGUCCAAUGGUUAAUGCAAAGAAUAAACAAAUAGGAAUUGUUUCAUGUGGAACAGGAACUGCAGAGGCAAAUGCACCUACGAUAUAUACGAGAGUUGGCGCACCAUCAAUCAGAAGAUUUAUAAGAGAAGUGGCUGGCGUGUAA